AUAUGCGAUGACAAAGUCAAAAGUCAACGAAACCAACAUGGUACUUGGCUUACACGUCUUUUACCUAAAACCCAUCACAUGUCUUGAUAACUUGUAAGACUAUCUUUCUUUUGUCUGCGUGACUGCAUCUCUCUCUGUUAUAAAAGUCUCUUCACAUCUCAACAGUUUUUUUAAAGUUUUUAUUUGAGCAUCUCUGACAUGUCUGUAAAGAAACAGGCUUCGGAGAGGAAGAACAGUGGAAGAGACAAGUCAAGUUAUUAUCGAUGCUUGUCAUUCUCGUUCACGGAGUCGUCAUCAACGGAUGAGAAGAAGAACCCAUCGUCGUUGAAUCGUAUGGAUUCAAAGAAGCUCAAGGCAGAUAUUGUGAAGUGGGCUAAGCGUGUUGCGUCUUACGUUCGUCAACUUAGCUCGAGAAAACGAGAUUAAUAGACAUGAAAGUAGAAAGGUUGGUGUUAUUAUGUGAUGAUGUUCCGUUCUUCUUCUCUAUCAUUCAUUCCUAAUGAAAUCAUAUUAUUUCAAAAAAAAAAAAGAUUGAUAAGUAUUAUUUCACAAAGAUAUAUAUCAGAUAAGAUUUCACUUUUGUAUUUUUCAAAUGCAACAAAAUAUAGUUUUGUAUC